AUGAAAACGCCAUUGGUUAGCACUUCAGCAUUACAAAUGAAAAUACUAUCAAUUAAUAUUUUAUCAUUAUUGUUAUCGCAGAGCAAAAAAAGUGCUGAAGAUGAUAAACUCAAAGCAUGCCUAAAAAUAAAAUUAGAUAAUGAUGAAUAUUGCGCAAAUCAACUUCAAAAGCUGAAAGAUAACAACAUUAGCUAUGACAAUUUAUGGAAUGAAAAGCUAUAUUCAACUAAAAUAUAUAGUUUGUCUUCAGGUUUAACAGGAUUAUGCCCUUUGGAAAUAACUGGUCUAAGGAUGCUUGAAACAAUUUUUGAUGUUAAAUAUCUCUCGACGAAAAUUGAUACCGAGGUGAUUGAGUUGUGGAAAGAUAUUAUUGAACGUAAUAAACAAGAUAAUGAGAAUGAGCAGUACGAGAAGAAAAAAGAAGUACAGGAUAGCCUGCAACAUAGUGAAUAUACUUUCACUGAUAAAGAAUUAUACAAUCUUUAUUAA